CAAAAAUGUUUCGUAAAAUAAGUCUACGAGCGUAGACUAGCGUGAAUCAAACUAAUUGCAUCAAUAAUUCUUUGCUACAAAUAUACUUUUUGCGUUUGACCUCUAAAUCACGUUUCCAAAGAUAAAAUUUUGAUAAUAGAUGGUGUUCUCUAAGAAAGGCACGGUUUGUUCCUAACAUGGAUAAGUUAUUGAGGGGAAUAAUGAAAUAUCGGGGCACCGCGAGGGAUGAAAUGGUCAAACAAUUUUUGCAAGUCAAGGAUAAUCCCAUGCCAAAGGCAGUGUUUUUCACGUGUAUUGACAGUCGAAUGAUACCGACAAGGUUCACCCAGACUGAAGUUGGAGAUAUGUUUGUGGUAAGAAACGCUGGAAAUGUAAUACCUCAUUCCCAACAUUUUGUGGAUGAGUUAACAUCAAACGAACCAGCUGCAUUAGAACUCGGAUGUGUAGUAAAUGACAUUCGGCAUAUAAUCGUUUGUGGCCAUAGCGAUUGUAAAGCAAUUAAUUUAUUAUAUAAAUUACAGGAUAGAGAAUUUGCAUCUCAGGAAAAUAGAAGAAUUUCACCGCUACGUGCAUGGCUGUGUACACAUGCACAUUCAAGCUUAGAAAAAUUCCAACAGCUAGAAGUCUCCGACUAUUCGAAGCCAUUGAUAUUUCAAGCAGAAACCCCAAUGAGAAAAUUUGUAGCAUACAUAGAUCCAGAAAAUAAAUUCGCUAUUGAAGAUAAACUGUCACAAAUUAACACUUUACAACAACUACAAAAUAUAGCUAGCUAUGGAUUUUUGAAAAAAAGACUGGAAAAACACCAACUUCACAUACAUGCCUUGUGGUUCGAUAUUUACACUGGGGAUAUUUAUUAUUUUAGUAGGGGAGCUAAAAGAUUUGUUCUGAUUGAUGAAGAUAACGUUGAUAAACUGCUACAAGAAGUUAAAAAGUACUAUUCAUAGGGUAAAGCCAGAACGUGAUACAGAUCUAUUUUUCUUCCUUUUAUACUUAAAAUAUUUUUAUACUAAGGAUAUAAUUAAAAUUUUUCAUUUUUUAUUUAUACAUUAGGAAUAUUUGCUCUUAUAUAGUUUAAUAUAAAAUGUUUUUAUAUACUUUACCAUGUAAGAGUAUGAUUAGGUUGUUUUGUAUAAAAACAGUUUAUUUUAAAGCGUAGUUUUAUAUUAGAAAACUUACCUUUUUGUGUUAUUUCUGUCUACAAAUAAAUGUUGGAUUUUCACGUUUUCAAAUACUUGUAAAACAUUUUUUUGCUUUUAUAAUCUUAUAUCUUCUAAAUAAAAGAAAACGGGUCAUUUUCAUCAUAAAGGUGGGGCGGCGAUGAGUACGGAGGGAGAAAAUAUCACUCAAUGUUUCUUUUAGUUUAUUUUGUUUUGAGGAGUGAGAUUUUUAUUUUGAACUUUGUGAAAAUAUAAUUCAGUUUACAUAAG